AUGCCCUCAGCGGUAGUGGUGGCGGCAGUGGUGCUGGCAGCAGUGGUGGCGGCCCUGGCGGCGCCCGUGGCCGGCGGACGGGUCGACUUCUCGCAGUGGACCGACUGCAAGGCGUGCGUGGCGGCAGGCUACGGAUGGUGCCCCAUCAAGCGCAUCUGCGGCGGCUUUGCCAACAAGCAGUGCGGGGAGGGUGAGGCGUACAAGGCCUUUCCCAAGGGCGGAGCAGGCGGAGCGAGCGCGGGCGGGAACGGGAACGCUGCAGCGGCUGUCGACGACGGCGACGUCAAGGUCCUCACCGAUGCCACCUUUGACGCCGUAGUCAACGAUCCGGGCAAGGCUGUCUUUGUUGAGUUCUACGCGCCAUGGUGCGGCCAUUGCAAGAACCUGGCACCGACGUACGCCAAACUGGGCACGACCUUUGCCGGGGUGAAGGACGUGGUCAUCGCCAAGCUCGACGCCACCGUUCAUUCGGGUGCCGCGCGCAAGGCUGGCGUCUCGGGCUACCCCACCAUGAUGUUCUAUGGUAAGGGCGCAGGAAGCGAUGGCGAAAAGUACGCUGGCGGGCGCUCGGGCGAGGCGCUCACCGAGUUUAUCAACAAGAAGACCGGCCACAAGCGGGUGUUUGGCGAGGCUGCGCCGGCUGUUGACACCACCUUUGGCGUCCUUGCCUCGGCCGCACGCUACGUCAAGUCGUUCGCCAAGGCCAGCGACGAGGCUGCCAAGAACGCGGCGGUGGAGAAGUUGGCAUCGCGGAUCAAGGGCGGCGAGCCCGGCGCCGCCGAGUUCUACGCCACUGUUCUCCGGGGCAUGAUCAAGAACGGCGACGAGUUUGUGACCAAGCAGAUGGCCCGCAUCGGGCAGCUCAUCCAGUCGCCAGAUGUCUCCGAGUCCAAGCGCGAGAUGUUCCAGAUGCGCCACAACAUCCUGGUCCACAUUGCGUCGGUUGUGCCUGGCCUCGCCCCGCCCGCGCCAGCAGGCGCCGACGCCUCGGCCAAGGCCGCCGUCGUUGCCAAGAUCGAUGCCCUAGCCACCGAGCUCAAUGCCCUCCGUGCACUUGUCGAAAGCCUCUAAGUCGUGCAGUAAAUAGUAGCGAGGUCA